AUGCUUCCAUUUGUUGUUCGAAUAUUUCAAUUACUUCUUGUUGUCGUUGUACAACUUCCAUCAAUUCUUCGAAUGUCGGAUUAUCUUCUCCGAAACUCAUCUGAAAGUGCCAGCGUGUUUGAGACCAGAAAGCAACGUCUUCAGACGGCUGAGAUCUCUUCCGCUCUUCGAUUUUUGCUGUUCGACCAGUUUGUUAACCGUUUCCCAUUGAGCAUCACCGUCUUGUUGCUUGGCGAAGAGCUCUUGAUUGGCUUUUUCGUUCUUUCUGCAAAAUCUCCAAAGUCGUCAUCCAAUGCCGGAGCGGCUGCUGGUGGUUCGGCAGCUACAUCUGCAGCGCCAGCUGGCGGAGCUCCAUCAAAAUCAGCGAACAAAUUCUGCUCGCGAGCUAAAAAAUCCGCGACUGGAUCCGACAUUAUUUGCAGUUUUUAUUUUGUUUUAGAGUCUGAAAACGAGUAA